CACGAGUGGAUCGGCAUUCGCUUCGGGAUGGCCGAGGACUGCGCCAUACUGGGGCUCGCCCACGACUUCAACGAUGAGUUGCUGGAGCUCCUCCGCCACUUCAUGGCGAAGAAGGGCCAUGCGCCGAUCAAGCAAGCGAGGUCGUUGGCGGGAAGGGCGGACCGGGUUGCUCUGAUCAUCCCGGUCGCGACCCCGUUCGCCGCGGCCAUGUGGGCGGCGCUGACGGGGGCCCUCCGCCAGGCGAGCGCGGGGAAGCGGGAGUCUCCGCCGAACGCGGUGCCGCUCCAGCGCUUCUUCACCGCGGCUCGCUGGUUCCGCGCGUUGCAGGAGCCAGGCGGCGAGGCGCGUCGGCCCGAGUGCUUCCUCCCGCUGGAGCGGCGCGUGCAUCCGCGCCCCGACGCGGAGGUGCUCGACGUCUUCGGAGCCGUUCUGGGCCAGGCAAAGUACCAGAGCCUGUGGGAGUUCCUCGCGCUCCUCCUCGCGCUCAUCAUUUGGCGGCGCCACGCGGAGCAUGCCGUGCUCCACGUCAUCGGGGGCAGCGUGGCGGCCUUGCAGGACGCGAUGCAGCUCAGGGGCAGCGGGGACAUGCUCGUCGUCGCCCGGGAGAUCGCCUGGCGGGCUGUUCGGUGGCCCCUGCAUUUCGAGUGCGCCCACUUGCCCAAGGAGUUCAACCUCGUCGCCGACGCCCUGGGCCGAUUGGCGGCCGUGCCUCCCGCGGCGUUCCCAGCUCAGCUGCGCGGCGUUCCGCGGAGUUCCGUGCCCGCGUG